AUGGCGGCCUCUCGCCUGAAUCUUCAACUGAUAUUUCUUCCCUCCAAUUCUGCUCGGAGAACUGUAACCGUCGCUGCCAGUACCGAGUCUCAUUUCAAGGUUCAUUUCCCUUCAACAUCUCGUCGAAUUACUCGAUAUCGCGGCUUGGAAUUCCGGCGACGGGCAUUUAGUUCGCUAACCUGCGAAGACACGAAAUAUGAAGAGAAUUUCUCGAAUAAUUCGCGGAAUCCGUUUGAAUUGCUGCUUUCGAUUCUUCCCGGGGGCAGUUGGUGGAGUCUGCCGGAUAACGAAGAAGGCAGCCCGGCGGCGAAUGAAGUUACCGUGUUGGCUGUGCUUCAGAGAAUGUGGGAGCUUCUAGGGAAGGAGCAAUGGAUUGUUGUCGUUGCCUUCGGAGCUUUAGUCACUGCUGCUGCAUCCGAGAUAACAAUGCCGAGUAUCUUGGCAUCUUCCAUCUUCUCUGCACAGCAUGGAGAUAAGGCGGUCUUCUACAGUAAAUCACGUUUCUUGCUUGUUUUGUGCUUCACUUCAGGAAUAAGCAGUGGCUUGCGAAGUGGCCUUUUUGCAAUGGCAAAUGUUAUCCUGGUCAAACGCCUCAGACAAGCUCUAUAUUCAGCUCUAAUAUUCCAGGACAUGCCAUUUUUCGAUAGAGAGAAAGUUGGUGGAUUGACAAGCAGGCUAGGGGCAGAUUGUCAACAGCUUUCUAAUGUCAUUGGGAAUAAUAUCCACUUGAUAGUUCGCAAUACAUUUCAGGGGGUAGGUGCAUUGAUCAAUUUGCUGAUUCUAGCUUGGCCCCUUGCAUUGUCAUCAAUUAUCACAUGUUUAGUUCUCGCCACUAUCUUUCUACUUUAUGGCCGGUACCAGAAGGAAGCUGCCAAGCUAACUCAAGAUCUCGCUUCCUCUGCCAGUAAGGCAGCAGACGAAACCCUGUCUUCAAUUCGAACUAUUCGAGUCUACGGAACAGAAUGCGAAGAACUAGGAAGGUACAGGCAUUGGCUGGAAAAGUUAGCUUCUCUAAGUCUAAGAGAAAGUGUGGCUUAUGGAUUCUGGAAUAUGAGUUUCAGCACCCUUUUCCGUGCAACACAGGUGUUUGCACUGAUGUUGGGAGGGAUGUCCAUUAUGGCUGGCCGUGUUUCAACUGAGCAACUAACCAAGUAUGUGUUGUAUUGCGAGUGGUUGAUAUAUGCAACUUGGAGGGUUGUAGAUAAUACAACCGCAUUGUUACGGGCGGUUGGAUCAAGUGAAAGAGUGUUCCAUUUGAUGCAACUAUCACAAAGUGACCAAUUGGAGUCCAAAGGGGAAAGAUUGGAAAGGCUGAUUGGACAAGUCCAGUUUGUUGAUGUCUCCUUCGUCUAUCCUUCAAGGCCAACAAUACCAAUUUUGGAAAAUUUCCUCCUCUCUGUAAAAGCUAAUGAAGUCAUUGCAUUGGUUGGACCAAGUGGUAGCGGAAAAACCACUCUGGUCAAUCUCUUGCUUCGUCUCUAUGAACCAAGUAACGGUCAGAUCUACAUUGAUGAGUUUCCACUCACCGAACUGGACAUCAGAUGGCUUAGAGAAAACAUUGGAUAUGUUGGACAGGAGCCAAAGCUUUUCCACAUGGAUGUGAAGUCAAACAUCACAUAUGGUAGCUGCGGUCGGGAAAUUAAAGAAGAAGAAGUCGAACGGGCUUAG